CGGAAGUGGCCGCGAGGGUCGCGCGGCGCUGAAGACGGCCGCCGCGGCGGCCGGCCAGUCGCGCGCGGCAGGCCUGACAGGCACGUGGACGGGGCAUCGGCAGCCGCCACACGAGCACGGAGCGGCCGCAGCACACACACACGGACACUGAGACAGAGCGCCAGUGAACGCCGGCAGACGGACGGGGACCCGAGAGCAGAUACGCAGCGGCCCACAGGCGACACGAAAGAGCUGGGGAUGCGCGUCCCUCCGCUGAACCUGCAGGGUAACGGCGGCGGCGGGGGCGGCGGGGGCGGCAUGGACCGGCUGCCGCUGCCGCUCUCGUUCUCACCCGACAUGCUGUGGCGGUACCCGGUGCCGUUCAGUCCGGCCGCCAUACCCUCCAGCCCGGCACCAUACGACUUCAAGACCCAGAUGCCCAACCAACUGCCGCCCGACCCGCGGCACUGGAGCCGGGAGGACGUCAGCCAGUUUCUGCAGUGGUGCGAGCGCGAGUUCGAGCUGCCGCCCAUCGAGCUGGACCGGUUUAGAAUGAACGGCAAGGCGCUAUGUAUGCUCAACAAGGCCGACCUGUCUGAGCGGGCGCCCGGCGCCGGCGACAUCGUACACAACGCGCUUCAGAUGCUGCUGCGGGACGCGAUGGCGCGGCUGCCGGCCUCGCCGCUGACGCCGCACUCUCUGUCGGCGCCGACAUCGGCCUCGCCGAGCUGGACGCAGCUGUCGGCCGGCGGCGACUCUGCCGGCGCGCCGCACGGCUUCCCGGCGGCGCUGCACACCUCCACCUCGGUGACGCUGUCGCCGGCCUCCAGCCUCGACUCGCAGUGCGCCAGUCCGAAGCGGCCCGAGCACCGGCAGCUGCUGUUCCCGGGGCCGCUGUCGGCCGGCAGCAGCAAGCAGACGACGCCCUCCGACUCUGAGGACAGCCGCGACUCCGAGUCGCCGCAGCGCAGCCCCGUCAACCCGCCGCUGUCGCCCGGAUACCAGGCGGCGCUCCAGUCAGCCUGGGCCAAACAGCAGGCGCAGCAGCAGGCUCAGCAGCAGCAGCAGCAGCAACAACAACAGCAGCAACAGCAGCAGCAGGCCCAGCAGCAGCAGCAGCUGGCGCGCGACCCGGUCCCGCCGCCCAGCCCCAACGAGCCGUCCGAGUCUGGCUCCGGCGGCCGACUUCUCUGGGACUUCCUCCAGCAGCUACUCAACGACCCCCUCCAGCGCUUCAACAACCUCAUCGCGUGGAAGAACGCGCAGACGGGCGUCUUCAAGAUCGUGGACCCGCAGGGCCUGGCGCGCCUCUGGGGCGUCCAGAAGAACCAUCUCUCGAUGAACUACGACAAGAUGUCGCGUGCGCUGCGGUACUAUUACCGCGUCAACAUCCUGCGCAAGGUGCAGGGAGAGCGCCACUGCUACCAGUUCCUUCGCAACCCCAACGAGCUGAAGAGCGUCAAGAACAUCUCGAUGCUGCGCGGCACGGCGCCCAAGUCGGCGCCCCGUUCUCCGUCCUCGCCCCACCGGCUGCACCCGGCCGCGCAGGGCGCCGAGGCCAUCCAGGCGCUGCCGCAGGGCACGGAGGUCAUUCACGUCGAGCACAAGACGUACGACCUGCCGGCGUCCGUGGUGGCGGCCGCGGCGGCAGCGUCCGCCGCUGCUGCCUCGGCUUCAACCACUCCACACUCGAUGGACGAGGACGAAGGGCCGCACGACCUGAGCAUACCGCAGGACCUGACCACGGAGCGGCGUGCGCCGGCGCCGGCCCCCGCCCGCGACCCGCUGGCCAUGGAGACCGAGCAGGCGCUCGUGCCGCCGCUGAUGCAGAUCAAGGUGGAGCAGGACGAGGCGGCCGCAUAGGGCGCGGGCCGGAGGGACAGGGGUGCGGGGAGGAGGGAGGCCGCACUGUGAUACCAGCCGCCGGCCGGCGCGCCGUCUGUACAUACCUGGCCGGCGGCCGGCGGCGCGCGGCCGCCCGCUCACAUGUCUACCUGGGGAACGCGUGCAACAUUGCCGCAACGAAGUUCUGUUGUCAGUACAACUGUAGAAGCGUGUGGGACCGGGAGGGUGACGCUAGACUAUUUUUGAUCGGCGAGAGGCAGCUGCGUGAAGCAGCCAACGGUGUAUGUUUGUGUGUACUGGCGGCGGGGAGCCGCCUCGCCGGGCGGGACUGAUAUUGGAACGAUAUUGUGUGAGGCGGCUAAUCAGCUGUGAAAGAGGUGUCGUGUCGACGUCACAUAGAAGCGAUGUGAUCUCUUUUGUACCGUCAUUGGGUGAAAUCCUCGUUUAAUCGUCGUCGCGUGCCAGUUUUAUGGGGCGCGUCUGGGAAAUUCCCGGUUAAUGUACCACCGCGCCACACUGUUACACUGUCUAGCCGAUAAGGAAGAGAGAAGCGCUAUUUUUGUUGGCCAACGCAACAUCUUGCUGUUUGAACACUGACCAUACGUUUCUGUCGGAUGGCGACGGGCGCGCCCCUGGCGGGAGGACCCUGAACUAUGUGUUAAGUGUUUUGUCGCCAGAUACCAGAGGCGUCGCGGUGUGCCGGCUCGGUCGCCGGCCGCGCUGGCUGUCGCUCUGAAUGUUGACCUCGGCCGAGGUCGGCUCGUGUCUGUUGGGUGCGCUGUCACGCGGGCAUUGACGGGAGCCGGGCUCCCGGUGCCGGAGCGGGCGGGAGCCGGCCGGCCGCGCUCUCAGCUGUUACGUGGUGUGUGCUGUCCGGUGCCGCGGUACGUGCGACACUGCCGCCACGCACAUGCUAUUCAGGUUCGCUAGAUACACCGUAUACUGUAUAUUUUUCUGACAAUACAUGCGUAGGCAGCGCGACUGCUAA